AGUGAGAUCCAAGUGUCGGGCGCCCCAGCCUCCUCCCCGGCUUCGCGUCCCCUCUGCCCGGUCUCAGAGCGCGCGGAUGAGUGGGAGCGCGGGGUGGCGCGCGGCUUUCAGCCUCCUGCUCCCCCGCCGCCGGCGCGUCUUCCUACUCCGCCUUCUCGCUCUCACCGUUCCCGGCCGGGACUCGCACCUCGCCUGUGCCCUUCACUCGUCUUCCUCGUGAUUUCCCCGCCGCCUUUCUCCUCCAACUGGGAAUGCUAAAACGGUACUGAUGGACGUGUCGGAACUCUGCAUCCCGGACCCCCUCGGCUACCACAACCAGCUGCUGAGUCGAAUGUCCUCCGAAGACCGUCACCUGGGCUCCAGCUGUGGCUCCUUCAUCAAGACGGAGCCAUCCAGCCCAUCCUCGGGCAUUGAUGCCCUCAGCCACCACAGCCCCAGCGGCUCGUCGGACGCCAGCGGUGGCUUUGGCAUGGCCCUGGGCACACAUGCCAACGGUCUGGACUCGCCACCUAUGUUCGCGGGUGCGGGUCUGGGAGGCACCCCGUGCCGCAAGACCUACGAGGACUGUGCAAGUGGUAUCAUGGAGGACUCGGCCAUCAAGUGCGAGUACAUGCUAAACGCCAUCCCCAAGCGCCUGUGCCUCGUGUGCGGUGACAUUGCCUCUGGCUACCACUAUGGCGUGGCCUCCUGUGAGGCGUGCAAGGCUUUCUUCAAGAGAACCAUCCAAGGUAACAUCGAGUACAGCUGCCCGGCCACCAACGAGUGUGAGAUCACCAAACGGAGGCGCAAGUCCUGUCAGGCCUGCCGCUUCAUGAAAUGCCUCAAAGUGGGCAUGCUGAAGGAAGGUGUGCGCCUUGACCGAGUGCGCGGAGGCCGCCAGAAGUACAAACGCCGGCUGGAUUCAGAGAACAGCCCCUACCUGAGCUUACAGAUUUCCCCACCUGCUAAGAAGCCAUUGACUAGGAUUGUCUCAUAUCUACUGGUGGCUGAGCCGGAAAAGCUGUAUGCCUCGCCUCCCGCUGACAUCCCCGAUGGAGAUAUCAAGGCCCUGACCACUCUGUGUGACUUGGUAGAUCGAGAACUUGUGGCCAUCAUUGGCUGGGCCAAGAACAUCCCAGGUUUCUCCAGUAUGUCAGUUGGGGACCAGAUAGGCCUACUGCAGAGCUCCUGGAUGGAGAUCCUCACUCUGGGCAUCGUAUACCGUUCGCUGCCCUAUGAUGAUAAGCUGGCGUACGCAGAGGACUAUAUCAUGGAUGAGGAGCACUCUCGCCAUGUGGGGCUGCUGGAACUUUACCAAGCCAUCCUGCACCUGGUGUGCAGGUACAAGAAGCUGAAGAUAGAGAAGGAGGAGUUGGUGACACUCAAGGCCCUGGCCCUUGCCAACUCAGAUUCCAUGUACAUUGAGGACCUGGAGGCUGUGCAGAAGCUACAGGACCUGAUCCAUGAGGGGCUGCAGGACUACGAGCUGACCCAACACCACGAGGAGCCACAGAGGACGGGCAAGCUGCUGCUGACACUGCCCCUGCUGCGGCAGACAGCAGCUAAAGCGUUGCAACAGUUCCACACUGUGAAACUUCAGGGCAAGGUGACCAUGCACAAACUCUUCCUGGAGAUGCUGGAGGCCAAGGUGUGAUGGCGGCCCAGCACACAAGAGACAGUCAGACGGACACAACCCAUGUGGAGACUUCCACCACAGCCGCCAGCCUUGACUUUCCACACCUGCGUCGGGGCUCUGAGCUGUCCCAGAAGAAGGGGUUUCCUGCUUCCUGGCCAUGUGCAGACUCCUGGGGCGGGGGC